GAAUUCCACGAUGCAGCAAAGCGGAACGACAUAGCCAGGAUGCAAGAGCUCAUCAGGACAAGGGUUAACGUCAAAGCCAAAAACAAUGUAGACAGGACUGCUCUGCACUGGGCCGCUGGAGCUGGGAACGAGCAAGCCGUGCGGCUGCUGCUGGAGCACGAAGUCCCGGUGGACGACAAAGACAGUGUAUGAGUGUGACUCUCCUUUGCAGCCUGUUGCAGGUUGUCUGCAGAGUUUGGAAUGAACGCACUCCUCCUCUCUGCUUGGUUUGGCCAUCUGCGCGUUCUUCAGAUCCUCGUGAACGCCGGUGCCAAGAUCAACUGUGUCAAUAAGAAUGGCAGGAACCUGCUGCACUGUGCAGCUCAGAGAGGUCACAUCAAGGUGAUGGAGUUCAUUAUGGAGGACCUGGAGGACGUGCAUGUGGAUAAGACAGACAAGAUGGACAAGACGGCGUUUCAUCUGGCGGCAGAGCACGGGAGGUUAGAAGUGGUGGAGUUCUUGAUUGGGUCAGGUUGUAGUCACAGUGUUAAAGACAAGGAAAAGAACACAGCCCUACAUUUAGCUGCUAAAAAUGGGCACCCCACGGUGCUGCAGAAGAUUGUAGAAAUUGGACUGGACCUAGAAGAAAAGAACAUGGAAGGUCUGACUGCUCUGCACUUGGCUGUGGAGGGAGGCCACUACGACUGCGUGAAACUCCUCUUAGAAGCUGGUUGUGACGUUAAUGCCCAAACCCAGAAAGCGAUGACCUGCCUUCAUUAUGCAGCUCUCCAUGGCUAUGAAGACAUGGCCAGGGUCCUUAUUGAUGCAGGAAUCUACAUAGAUGCAGUUAAUCAUCAAAAUGCAUCAGCUGUGCACAUUGCAGUGCUGCAGAACUUCCCAGCCAUCGUUAAACUCCUCAUCGACACAGAGUGCAACCUGGACAUCCCGGAUAACAGGCAGCAGACACCACUCCAUAUUGCUGCAGAACACGGGAGACAAGACAUAGCUGAGAUGAUUCUCAUAGCAGGAGUUAACUUGAAGUUAAUUGAUAAGCAAGGAAAAACAUCCCUGGAUGUAGCUGCCCGGGGUAACCAUAUCAACUUGGCGGACAUGAUUAUCAAAGCGGAUCGGUUUUACAAAUGGGAGAAGGACAAUCUCAGCAGUGACUCCGACUCCUGGGUGGCAAAACACUUAACCUUUAAACAAGAUCACAGGCUGGAAACGCAGCACAUUCGCUCAGUGAUGUGGAGAUUAGCUACUAAAUACCUCAAACCCAACGAAUGGAAGAAGCUUGCACAUUACUGGAAAUUCACUGAUGCACAUAUCAGAGCCAUUGAGCAGCAGUGGGCAGGUACUAAAAGCUACAGGGAGCAUGGCCACAGAAUGUUGCUUAUUUGGCUUCAUGGUGUGAUCAUGGCAGGAGAAAAUCCAAUCAAAGGACUAUACGAAGGCCUGGUGGGGAUUUGUAGAAGAGACUUAGCAGAAAGUAUUAGGAAAAAGGCCAAUGCAGAAUCCACUUCUCCAAGGAAGUGUACAGCAAUGUAA